AUGGCGACCAUGGUCUCGUCGCUCUUCCUCUGCCCCGCCGGCGCUCUCGUCUCCCCCAGUACCACGCGGAGCCGCCGCUCGUGCGCCCCCAGUCUCCAGUUCACCAAUCGCCAACGAGGUCCUGUGCUCAGGCUGUGCAGCGCACGCCCUAGCGCUCCGGCCCUGAGCCGGUGGUGGGCCACGGAGCUCACCCCGGAGGAGCUCCCCACGGAGGAGACCGACGCGCCGACCACCGGGCACGGCCGGGAGGAGCUGGAGGCCAUAUGGAACGCGCUCGUCGCCGAGCCCCUCCGGCCCGUCCUGCUCGCCCUGCGCGAGAUCAGGGACCGCGGCCACUUCUUCCGCUGCCGCAGCUACCAUGCCGGGAUCGUCGCCGGCCCAUUGUUGAUGAUUGCUGGUUUGUGCCAGCUUGGUAAAUUAGUACCAACCCUGUUCGUGGAUAUGAUUCUCGGAUAUAUAUUCUACAAGUUAAGUGUUUUAGCAGCAGAACUGAAAAGAAAUGGGAAGGCAAACCACAUGUGUGCUCGGAUACAGCUCGCAAUGUCACUUAUUUUGUUGUACAAGGAUAACAGCGCUUUUUCGGGUGUUUACCGGCUCGUCACGAAAAUUAUUUGGCUCAUUUGGGUUGAAGUGUACUUUGGAGCUGUAUACUAUGAGAUUGCAGGCGAUAAGGACCCGAGACGCCACCUGCUAGGAAUGUACAAGAUACUAAAAACUAAAGGUGGUUUGAUGAGGGUGAUCAGGAAUUUGAUGGAAGAAUAG